AUGGGAGAUUUAUUUUUUAAAGUUUAUAGAAAUUCAUUUUUAAGGAAAAAAAUUUUUCAAUUUUUAAAAAUUAGUAAUCAAUAUUAUCUAACAUAUAAUUAUUAUGAAUUUCCACUUUCAUUAAUAAUUAAAACCAAGAAUGAAGUUUUAUUAAUAGAGAAAUUAAAUUAUUUAUUUGAAAAUUCUCAAAAAGAUAAUUAUAAACAUUUUAUAAAUUUUAAUUAUUAUUGUUUAUAUAAAUUAUUUAAAUGGAAGGAAUUAGAUUUUCAAAUAUUUUACAAGAUUUAUAAGAUUUUUCAAUUUGAAAUUGAACAACAAUUUAAAAAAGUUUCAAAUUCUUUAGAUUCAUUAUUAGUUUCAAUAGAAAAUUAUGAAACAUUGAAAUUUAUUGUAGAUAUAUUUAAUCCAACAAUUUAUGAUUGUAAAAAUUUAGAAAAAUUUUCAUUCUCAUCAAGUUGUGAUUCUAAAAGAAGAUUUAAAAUUUUAUUAGAUUUAAUAACUCCUCAAGCUAAUAACAAUAAUAAUAAUAAUAAUAAUAAUAAUAAUAAUAAUAAUAAUAAUAAUAAUAAAUUAAAUUUUGAAGAAUCAAUUUUUAAAGUUUUAGAAAAAAUUGUUGAAAAGAAAUUAUCAAAAGAGUUUGGACCUAUGGUAUUGAAUAAAAUUGGUUUAUUUGAAUCAAAUUCUUCAAAUUUAACAUUUUUAGAAAAGAUUAUAGAAUACAGUGAUGAAUUUAUGUUUAAAAUGGUUUUAGAAAUUUUUAAGAAAAAAUUAAAUUCAAAUAUGGAUCCUUUUGAUUCGAAAAUAAAAGUUUAUGAUACAAAAGUUUCAAUUAAAACCAUUGAUCAAUUUAAAAUUAGACCAUGUUCAUUAAUGAAAUCAUCAAUGUUGGUACUUUUAAAAGUUAUGAUUUCUUUACCUGAUGAUUUUAUAAAGAAAUUAAAGAAUUCCUAUACCAGUUCAAUUAUAGUUAAAGAUCCAAGUAUUGCUCAAUACAUUUUAAAAACUCGUGCAUUCGAUUCAUUAAUAAAUAAUAUUAAAUUUUUACCAACAUGUAUAAAUAAUGAUUUAUCAAAUGCAAUUGAACUUUCAAAGAAAGCACCAACGACAAUAUGGAGAGGUUUAUCAUCAUCUGAAUAUUUAACAGUUGAAAAGUUUCAAUUCUUUUUAAAAAAUGGUAUAAAUCUUCAAAAGAUUUUUGAUUCAAAUCGUACAUUUUCCAUUCAAAAUGAUUUACCUUUAGUAAAACUAUAUACUAAAUAUUAUAAACCACCGCUAACUUUAUUAAUAUCUGUAGCAAAUGAAAAUCAUCAAGAAAUUUUAAAUUAUUUAUUUGAAAAUUAUUGGUUUGAUCACUUUAAAAUUCAAUUAACCUCAAUCGAGAAUCAAUCUCAAAUUAUUAAUAGUGUAUAUAAUUAUUUUGCUUUAUUAGAAUCCUCAAUUAAAUAUGAUCAACAAUUACUAUUCAAUAACUUGAAUUUGAAUUUUGUUAAAACAUUAAAGAUUCAAGAUAAUAAAAAUCUAUUUGAAAAUAUGUUUGAAAGAUUAUUACAAUCACCUCCUCUUUGCAGAGUAUCAAGAUGUAAAUUUUUUAAUAAAUUGAAUAGUCUUCCAUACUUUAAUGAUUACAUUUCAAAAAAAACCUUCGAAUAUAAAACAAAAACUUUAAAUCAUCAUUUAUUUGAAAGUAAUGAUCAAUCAAAUAAAAAACUUUUACCUUUUAUUUUAAAAAAGUGGUCAACCGAAAUUUCAAACUCUGAAAAUCAAAUUCAAUUUGAAAAGAAUGAAUUUUUAAAUAUUUUAUUUCUUUGUAUAAAUAAUAAUUGGGUCUUUUUUAUUGAUCAGUAUUUAAAGAAACAAUUGGUUUUAAACAAAAGCAACUCAUUUAAGAAAAGAUUAUUACAUGAUUUAUUGGCUUCAAACCCUAGGGUUAUUUUAUAUUUAAUUUCAAUUGGUUUUUUCUGUGAAAAGGAAAUUGAAUAUAUAUUUGAAAUUUUCAUUCAAUCCAAUAAUCACUAUUUCACUAUCAAACUAAUUGAUUUUAUUUUAUUAUCUAAAAAUGAAUUUUGUGACCUUUUAAUUAGAAUUUUAAAAUCAUCUGUAAAAUUACAAAAUGACUCUCUAUUAGAAUAUUUAAUAAAUAUAAAAAGAAACAAAUCAAAUCAGCAAACAGUUAUUGAAAACCAAUUUAAGUUAUCCGACAUUCAAUAUAAAUUUUUAAAAAAUUUUGGUGUGUCAUUUAAUGGUUAUAAACCUUUAAUAAUAGAUGAUUUUAAUAAUAAUAAAAAUUUAAAUUUUUCAAAUUUUUAA